CUCCCUAGCGCGCACAGCAACGAGGUGGUGCCGCGCAUCCACGUGGGGAACGCGUUCAUAGCCAAGAACAUUAUGAGGUUGCAGCGUCUGGGGAUAACCCAUGUUCUGAAUGCAGCAGAGGGGAAGUCAUUCAUGCAUGUCAACACUAAUGCAGAGUUCUAUGAAGGCACAGGCAUCAGAUACCAUGGCAUUAAAGCUAACGAUACGCAAGAAUUUAACCUCAGUCGCUAUUUUGAGGAGGCAGCUGAUUUUAUUGACAAAGCACUUUCCCAGAAGGAUGGACAAGUGUUUGUGCAUUGCCGCGAGGGCUACAGCCGAUCUCCUACACUGGUCAUCGCCUACCUCAUGCUUCGCCAGAAUAUGGAUGUCAAGUCUGCUCUAAGCACUGUCCGGCAGAAGCGAGAAAUUGGCCCAAAUGAUGGCUUUCUAAGGCAGCUUUGCCAGCUCAAUGAGCAGUUAGUGAAGGAGGGCAAACUGAAGCCCUAGAACAGAGCAUCACAGUAUUUUUUUUAAGUUUCUCAAACCGUCAGAGGUCAUCUUAGCUGCUUUAGAUCCCCAAGCCCCAACCACCAAGCUAAAUCACGUAAUGUGAGGGAGAGAAUUCCCACUCUUGUCUAGUGAAAGUAUCUCACUGAGUCUGUCUUUCAAAAUGGCACUAAAUUUUGUUAUUGUUUGGAGCUGUAGCAAUUAAGAGGUGUUUUUAGAGGGAUAACU